AUGCUCGCUCACGGGACAAGAUCCACCGUCACCAGACUAAGUGGUUUCCCUUACAUAAUGUACUCGAUAGCAACAGCACAGCACAAAAUAGCACCAUUCACAUCCACAUAUCUAUCCACAUAUCCACAUCCGCAUCCAACCACGAUUUGCCCUAUGGCGGCGGGCGACGGAUGGGUACAUUUGUCAACUUGCGCGCCGGUGAACAUCUACAUACUAGUAGAUUGCCGAGCUCAGACAGACGGAGCGAAACGAAACCUCGGAUCCCCGAGACAAUCGUUUUUGUGUUUUGUCGGGAUUGGUGAAAUCGAAUCUGAUCUGAUGGAGGAUAUGGGAAAUGUUCCUGUGAACCGAGAACCAAUUUGUUGGGGCUAUUUGGCCAUUAUCUCUGCAGCUCGGGCGAACGAAAAAGAUUUGUUGCUGUUACGUAGAGGGAACGAUCGUCACAUACGGCGGGGAUAG